AUGUGGGCUGAGAUCACUGAGCAAGAGGAAUCAACCAGAGAAGACGAUGAUGUUCUGGGGCCUGGGUAUACAGAGGACUCAACUGAUGUGUACAGCUCCCAAUUUGAAACCAUUUUGGAUAAUACUUCUUUAUACUAUAGCGCAGAGUCACUGGAGACUUUAUAUUCAGAACCUGAUAGCUAUUUCAGCUUUGAAAUGCCUCUCACGCCGAUGAUCCAGCAGCGCAUCAAGGAAGGCAGUCAGUUCUUAGAGAGAACUUCAGGGGGGGGACAGCAAGAUGUCCUCAGUGUCUCUGCUGAUGGUGGGAUAAUAAUGGCCUAUCCUGGAGAGAUCACCAAUGGGACAAAUGAUGCUGAUGAGACUGUCUACAGAAAGGGUGCCCCUGAGAUGGCUUUCUGGGGAAGCAAUGUUGGGCUGAAAAAAUCCAAUCACGAGCCCCAUUGUGAAAUGGGGAGUACUGAAUUUUUGGAAAAAGAACCUUCUGAUACUCUCAGCAAUGGAACAAAUAGUAAUGUGGAGGCGGCUAGACGGUUGGCCAAGCGUCUUUACCACCUUGACCAUUUCAAACGUUCAGAUGUGGCCAAACAUUUAGGGAAGAACAAUGAAUUCAGUCAACUAGUGGCUGAGGAAUACCUUAAGUUUUUUGAUUUUACAGGAAUGACGCUGGAUCAGUCUCUCAGGUAUUUCUUUAAAGCCUUUUCCCUUAUGGGGGAAACCCAAGAACGAGAGAGAGUUUUAGUCCACUUCUCCAACAGAUAUUUUCAUUGCAACCCAAACACCGUUUUCUCAGCAGAUGGGGUUCAUUGCCUUACUUGUGCCAUCAUGCUUCUCAACACUGAUCUACAUGGUCAUAAUAUUGGAAAGAAGAUGUCCUGUCAAGAAUUUAUUACAAAUCUCCAAGGUGUGAAUGAAGGCAGUGAUUUUCCCCGGGACCAGCUGAAGGCUCUCUACAAUUCAAUCAAGAAUGAGAAACUCGAAUGGGCAGUAGAUGACGAAGAGAAAAAAAAAUCUUCUGAGGGAACUGAUGAGAAGGCUAAUGGAACCCAUCCAAAAACCAUCAGUCGCAUUGGCAGUACCACUAAUCCUUUCCUGGACAUUCCUCACGACCCAAAUGCUGCUGUGUAUAAAACUGGAUUUUUGGCUCGAAAAAUCCAUGCAGAUAUGGAUGGAAAGAAGACUCCAAGAGGAAAGCGAGGGUGGAAGACCUUUUAUGCUGUACUGAAGGGAACAGUGCUUUACUUACAAAAGGAUGAGUACAAACCAGAAAAGGCUCUGUCUGAAGAUGACUUGAAGAAUGCUGUGAGUGUACAUCAUGCACUAGCAUCAAAGGCCACUGACUAUGAGAAGAAACCAAAUGUGCUGAAACUCAAAACAGCCGACUGGAGGGUCUUGCUCUUUCAAGCCCAGAGCCCGGAGGAAAUGGAAGCAUGGAUAAACAGAAUUAAUUGUGUGGCAGCUGUGUUUUCAGCCCCACCAUUUCCAGCAGCUAUUGGCUCCCAGAAGAAGUUCAGCCGUCCUCUUCUUCCAGCUACAACAACAAAAUUGUCACAGGAUGAACAGCUAAAGUCACAUGAGACCAAACUCAAGCAGAUUUCCACGGAGUUGGCUGAACAUCGCUCUUACCCACCUGACAAGAAAGUCAAAGCUAAGGAGAUUGAUGAAUAUAAACUGAAAGAUCACUACCUGGAAUUUGAGAAAUCCCGCUAUGAAAUGUAUGUCAAUCUCCUGAAAGAAGGAGGCAGGAAGCUCUUGGGUGGCAGCGAAGGUGAUGGAAUGGGACUGAAGAAAUCCCACUCAAGCCCAACCUUGAACCAGGAGGCUUCUCCGGUCAGUGUCAAGGUCAAGCGCAAUGUCUCCGAGAGGAAGGACUACAGACCAGAAACACCAAGCAUUAAACAGAAGGUUACUUAGAAUCCAUUGGAGACAGGAAGCAUUGGUCAUGCAGCAGAAUAUUGUUUUUCAAGAUCUUUCUGAUAAUCUGUGGUUCAU